GGAAUUUUUGUGAGCAAUUUUUGAAAUGAUUAACAAAAAAUCACAGAAUGUGCUGCAAUAAGAAGCUGAUAAUGUGAGGUCAUUGAUGUGUGGGAAUUGUAGAUGCAAAGAAGUGCCAUUCUGUAAAAUUGGACUUAUUUAUGUGUUUACUGUUGGUUGGCAGUUUCAUCAAAGCGUGAAGAAAGAACAAGUCAAUUAAUCAAUCAGAAAUUUGGUGUCAAGCUGGCGUGACUCAAGCGUGUAGCCAGUUUGGCAUCAAAUUUCUGAUCAAUUACUAGAACCUGUGCUAUCUGGGAAAGUUCAAUAUCUCAAUUGGUUGCUUUUCUCAACUUAAACCGGCAUCUCAGUUAGUACAGCUAGAACUUACAAGUCUUUAAAUUUAGAACUGUUAUGAACGAUUCUUAUUAAACACGACGUUUUGCAUAACAAAAAUACAACAAAGCAUAUAAGAGACUGACAAGAGAGAGACAAGCUUUUUGUGAAUAAAAUUGAAGGGAAGAAGCUGGAAGCAUAAUUUGCAGUUGCUUAAAAGAUUUGAGUGAUUUGAGGUCAACCAGAUAUGGAUUAAUUAGAAGAUGUGGUUAAAAACAAUUUUUUUCACCAUAUCCACCAUUCAACUCAUCAAUCAUGUCCUAUCCAUGGACAUCCAGUGUAAUUUCGACAAAAAGUACACAUAUCACUACUCUGGUGCUAUCUACAGAUGUGAUGUACAGACUAACUUAAGCAUCACAACUUAUGAGGAAGCUAAAGUUGAUUCCAUGACUGGCAGUCACAUGAGCUAUACACAGCAGGUUUGGUGGGGAAGUCCAUACAACAGAUAUUAUCCAACAACUCAUUACUAUACCAAUAGUGUGGUUUAUGCUCUCGACAUUCGACACAAGCUCGUCAAUUUCUUCCCGCAUGGAUUUGAAAAUACAUUUUCAAGUCUUCAGCUGAUUUUAGUCCGUGACAGUCACUUGAAGGUUAUUAAUAAGGAAGAUUUAAAGCCAUUCGUAAAUCUUUAUGUCCUUGAUUUAGAAGGCAAUGAUCUUCAGGUUUUAGAGGACGGAUUGUUUGAAUUUAAUCCUAGUUUGAUUUGGGUUUCGUUCCUGUACAAUCAGAUCCUUCAUAUGGAUCUUAAUGUCUUUGAUAAAUUAGGUUCCUUGGCUACUUUAAUAUUUACAAGUAAUAAAUGCCUAAGUCCAAAUAUCGCACAAGAUUCAGCAGCUGUUAAGCAAAUUUUGAUAGAAAUUAAGGAUUCAUGCCAGGAUCCAAAUUAUCUCAGACUUAACAACACAAUUAAGGCAGUCCGGAAGGAUCUACAGACAGUCAAACUUAAAAAUUUUAAACAAUUUUCCGAUCAACUUUACAACUUAGAAAAAGAUUUCAAAAAGUCCGAAUGGGUCACUUUUCCAAGAUUCAUUGCGGACGUCCAUAACCUCACAAAUCAUAAAAAAUUCGUCGACCUUGAAAAUUUGUAUGUCAUAAAAUCAAGAAUAGCUCAAGUUGAGGUUCAAGACAUGCCACAGCGAGUUAAGGACAUCGAGCCAGAAUUGACAGCCUUUAAUGGAACUGCUGCGAAUGAAAUUGAUCAGAAAAUUGAGGAGCUUGACGAAAAAUUGGAAAGAUUUAAGGAUAAAUUCUCAGCGUUUAUGGCUAAAAUCAAUAAGAAGUUGAAUGGAGUUGAUUUGGAAGUGGACAAUGAGAAUGUGACUGAAUUUGGCAGAACUAUCAAUGUCCUUGGUAAGAAAGUAUUGAGGAAGUUUGACAGGAAAAUUAGGGGAAUGGAGAAGAGAUUAAAGGAUAAAAUGUUGUAAUUUUAACAUUGAAUAAAGAAUUUUUAAGUAAUUUUUGGCAACAAUAAU